AUGUCUCUCCCAAUUCUACUGGGCCCACUAGGUGGUGGCCACACGCAGUUAUCCUGGGGCCAGGGUACCCCUCGGGGUGCGCCUGUGCACCAGGCUGGCCCAGGCCUUGAACACACAGCAGGGGCGUCCCUGCACUCACGGGUCGCCUUGGCCCUGGCCUUGCUGGGCGUCUUCGGCAGCAGCCCGGGUCAGGCCUCGGGUCUGACCCUGGGAAGGGAUGCGUGGACUUGGCUUUCGCCCUGCCUGGCUCGCCCAGCCCCGCCACCUACCCUGCUCCCUCUGCUCUCCACAGCUGCCCCGCACCCCCAGGAGACCCUGGCUCAGCCUCUUCCUUCCGCCCACACCCUGAAGCCAGAAGGCGAGAGGAUGGACAGCUACGAGGCCAACGCCCAGCUCUGCUGGGCCGCGUAUAAGGAGUUCAUGGGCUUUCUGGAAAAGGACUGGUGCAACUGGACGGUGGUCAGCAGGCCUUACAGUUCCCUGCGCGACUGCCUGGAGAUAGAGGCGGAAGCCUUCAGCCUGGGCUUCCCCAACCCGCUGGCCGAGAGGAUCAUCUUUGAGACUCACCACCUGCACUUCGCCAACUGCUCCCGGGUGCAGCCCACCUUCUCCGACCCCCCCGAGGACGUGCUGCUGGCCAUGAUCGUGGCCCCGAUCUGCCUCAUCCCCUUCCUUGUCACUCUCGUGGUGUGGAGGAGUAAGGACGGCGAGGCGAAGGCCUAGGGUGGACGCCCCCGGGUCCGCCUCCUCCUCUCUCCCACCCUCAGCCUCCCUGUCACUGCACAGCCUGUUCUGGGGCCCGGGCGCAAGUUGUGUAACCUCUAAAAUAAAGUUUUUUGUGUGUGUU